CUCUCUCUCUCUCUCUCUCUCUUCCCCUGUAAUUAACAAUUGGUUUUGGCUUUACUGAUUUCGAGUUUGAAAUCUCUCCUCUUCCUCCUUUUCUUUUGUCCGUCUCUUGGGAAGAGAAGGUCCAUUUCCAUUCCCAACAGCAACUUGCUUCUUUUCUUUUCUUUUCUUUCCUCGCUCCUUUUUGUCAAUUUCAAUGCAUUGUUAUUAGCGUUCCUAAUCUCAUCCCUCUUCUCUCUCUCUCUCCAUUUGAAAUCACUAAACCAGAGGGCUCGGGUGGCCACCGAGAAGAGAAGAAGAAUGGCUUCGUAGAAAGUUGCGGAAGAAAAAUGUACCAGACGACGGAAACCAUGCAAAGCCGUCGUCUCUUCCUCUUUCAACUUGCUUUGAUUCUGUUUCUUGAAGUACUGAGGAACGGAGGAAAGGAUGAACUACAGACGGAGUGGUUCCGUUCUUUAGAAGCGCUUUUGGAUAGUAUUAGGGAUUUGGGCAACGGGGUGCAGUUCAAGAUGAAGGCACAUACGGUAGCAAGAGGGAGAGGAACCUCGAGGGUCAAUUCGCAGCAGUCUAAUUUCGAGCUGAAGCACAAAGUGGUGCUUGCACUCAACAAGCUAGCGGAUCGUGACACCUGCCACUUAGGCGCCGAUGAGCUUGAGAGAGUGGCUGAAUCUCUAACCCCAGAUGGUAUUGCGCCGUUCCUGUCGUGUAUACUGGACACUGAUAAGGAGCAAAAGAGUGCAGUUAGGAAGGAAUGUGUCAGACUGAUUGGUAUGGUGGUGACAUUUCAUGGGAGUCUUGUCGCGCCACAUCUUGCUAAGAUGGUUGGUAGCGUCGUGAGGAGGCUUAAGGAUUCGGAUUCGGUUGUGAGGGAUGCGUGUGUUGAGACGAUGGGUGUUUUGGCUUCUACGGUUAGUAACCAUGGGGAUGAAUCUGAUGGGGAUUUUGUUGUGUUGGUGAAGCCCCUUUUCGAAGCUUUGGGUGAACAGAAUAAAUACGUGCAGUCGGGUUCAGCAUUGUGCUUGGCUAAAGUCAUUGACAAUACUCAGGAUCCUCCAGCUCCCAUUUUGCAGAGGAUGUUGACUAGGAUUAUGAAGUUGCUAAAGAGUCCACACUUCAUGGCUAAACCAGCAGUGAUUGAGUUGACUAGAAGUAUUCUUCAGGCAGGUGGUGCACCAUCGCGAAAUGUUUUAGCUGCUGCAAUGACUAGCAUCCAAGAAGCUCUAAAAAACAGUGACUGGACCACACGCAAGGCAGCUUCCGCAGCUCUAGGAGAAAUUGCUGAUGGUGGCGGGUCUUGCUUGGGUUCUUUCAAAGCUUCCUGCAUUCGAUCCCUAGAAUCAUGCCGUUUUGAUAAAGUGAAACCUGUUAGGGACAGUGUACUUCAUGCCAUGCAGUACUGGAAAAGUCUUCCUGGGACUGAUGCUCCAGAAGCUUCUGAAACGGGGUCCUCUAUAAAAGAAAACUUUUGCGGAGGUGAGUACAGUGACAUCACAAGUACCAGUGGUUCUGCACAGAAAGAUGUCAUAAUAAUGAAUAAAGUUGUAUCAGACCCAACUAAGAGAAGGAUUCCUUUGUCCGUAAAGAGAGGGUGCCAGAAUUACACAGACUCGCCACAGUCUAAAUCAGACGAUUGGCAUAUUGAAAUCGCAGUUCCUAAACAUCAUGAUUUGCCUUUGCCGGAUCAGAAUGAGGAAUCUGAGGGUAGUAGCUCUAUUACGAGGACUUUAGAGAGAACGAGCAUUGACAUUUCCAGUGCUCCUGAUGUUAGCUGUGAAUAUGUGCCAAUGGAUGACAAACAUGACUGUUUUUCAGCGUCCAAGAGAAGUUCAGUUCAUCAUGACUCUCUCGAGAGUGGUGCUUUACUGAAAGUAAUGGGAAGACGCCAGCAUGUUGCAGCUGCAGGGAUGAAUACUGAAGACGUGUAUUGUGUAAACGUUCAAGAUCGUAGAAGUCUUGAUUCCACAGUUACUGAAUCUAGCUUCCAGCCUUCACAUGGAUGUUGCUCACAUGUGGUGAGUGAAGUGGCCUUAAUUAGGAAACAGCUUUCAGAGAUUGAGAGUAGACAAGCGAACUUGAUGGACGUGCUGCAGGAAUUCACAGCUGGGAUAAUGGAGAACAUGUCUGGUUUAAAGUCUAAAGUGUCAGGAUUAGAGCAUGAAGUGGAUCGGAUAUCUAGCUUUCUUGUGCAAGGGGCUAGGCAUUCAGAAUCAGCUGUUUCCCGGAUUAUGAAGCAGAACCAAAAUGGUUCCUCUCCUAGAUGCACACCCAGGCCAUCUAUUGAUAUUCUAUCUAGGCAGCCUUCACAUUUUUCCGUUAAGCACACUGAUAUUUGGGAUGGUUAUAGAACUAGAUCGAGAAAUUCAGUAUCAGCCAAUCAAGGUACAGAAAUCAGCCCUAAUACUAGUGUAGUUGCUACUAGGAACCUUACAGGGAAAGGAAUGCUGAAAAGUUCUGGUAGAGGUUCCCAGAGCACCGUUCCAAAUGUCAAGAAUGGCAGCAAGCAAAGUGCGAUGGAGAAUCGGAACUUCUAUUGGGAACGUGUAAAAGAUUUUAUGUGUGAAGGCGACGUGGACUCUGCAUAUGCCGAAGCUCUUUCUUCUGGCAAUGAACUUAUUCUAGUCGAGCUUAUCAAUAGGACUGGUCCUGUUGUGGAGCUGAGCUCAAUCCAUGGACCAGAUUAUCUUGGUCUCUCUUCUAAAGGAAGAAGAGAAUUCCUGUCUGCGAUUCAGGAGGCAGUCGGUGUGGGAUUCUCGAACCCUGCUGAAAGAAAAUCUGUUACUCAGCUUGCAGCAAAACUACAGCAACUGUGGGGUAAGACAGAACAUUCUGCUCUGCGCAAGGCUUCAAUCUGUUCCAUGUACUAGCUUAGACUCCCGAAGAGUAUAACCUCCAUUGCAGCUAAAUUGCGAAUGGAUCUUCUGUCUAUCCCUCCCGAAACUUUCAAAAGGAAGGAACCCUUGACAUCUCCAACUGGAUCAACUCAGCUUCUAAUUUCUCUGGCCCGCCCUUGCUUGUUCACUGGGUAACCGUCUGCUUUUAGCUCUUGCUGUCGGCUGCUGCCAUUUUCUUCAACUUUUUCUGUUUUGUUCUGCAAGUGGUGGCGUUCUGUUGCCUUAGCUUGAUGUAACAGUUUCUGUCGAAUCAUGUUCUAGAUGCCGGUGUGUGAUGGAUGAAUCCCGGUGCUUUGCUUGUGAAGUUGUGUUAUUAGUAAAAUGCAGAUCAAAACGACCUUUUUAACUCCCGAAGAGAGAACAAGAGCAAAGUUAGAAAACACAAAACACCAUCAACUUAGAACCUCUUCAUCAACCGUUGUCGGCCUUAAUAAUGGCUUUGGCGUUGACUAUGAUAAAGUGCAAUUGCGAAGAGGGUUUCCCUUGAUAACUACAUUCAUUGAAUGUGUUGAACUGUGCAAAUCUUGGGAUUAUCUUUUAGAUAGAUUUUUGUAUGCCACCAUGAAAGGUUCUAAACAAUUGGACUCAGUGAGUUGAGAUAACUCCACUCAAAUUGUUGUGAGAAUGAUAUGUAAAAUUAAAUGUUGUUAGGAUAGAAUUCCUCCCUCAACACAUAUGAACAGUUGAGCAUUAGAUGUUAUUCAAAUG